GUGCAAUGGGGGGACAGCCGUGAUGGGGACAUGGCCAUGAAACAGGGGCAGGGAGGUGCGAUGGGAGCCCAGCCAGGCAGCGGGGACCCUGCUGUGCCACACAGGGGCCGUGCCACCAUCCCCCAACCCCGGGUUGGUGCCAGCAAGGUGACGCCCCACAGGACGGGGAAGGGGCUGGCAUGUCCCCAGGUGGUCACAUCAGUGACCCGUAGGGAGGGGACGCUUACCUCCCCUCCUCGCUUGGCUGAGCACCGGGACAAAGGUCUUAGUGGGGAAACUGAGGCACGGGGCGCAUGCCCCCCCUGGCUUGCAGCUCUCUCCUAUCCAGCACCCACUCAGCGCCACAGGAUGAAGGCUCUCCUCCUCCUCCUCGCCCAGCUCUGCUCAGCAUCGCUUGUCCCCGAGAGGGAGAAGGACCCCGAGUACUGGCGGGGACAGGCGCAGGAGACCCUGCGCAGCGCCCUGCGGCUCCAGCGCCUCAACCAGAACGUGGCCAAGAACCUCAUCCUCUUCCUGGGCGACGGCAUGGGCGUCUCCACGGUCACGGCCGCCCGCAUCCUCAAGGGGCAACUGCAGAACCGCAAGGGUGAGGAGAGCCUCCUGGAGAUGGAGAAGUUCCCCUACGUCGCCUUGGCCAAGACCUACAACACAAACGCACAGGUGCCUGACAGCGCAGGCACGGCCACCGCCUACCUCUGUGGUGUCAAAGCCAACGAGGGGACAGUUGGUGUUAGUGCCGGCGUCACCCGUGACCGCUGCAACACCACCAAGGGCCAGGAGGUGACUUCCAUCCUCCGCUGGGCCAAGGAUGCAGGGAAGGCAGUGGGCAUCGUCACCACCACCAGAGUGACCCAUGCGACACCCAGCGCUGCCUACGCCCACUCUGCCAACCGUGACUGGUACUCGGAUGGAGAGAUGCCCCCGGAUGCGCUGGAGGGUGGCUGCAAGGACAUCGCCCGGCAGCUGGUGGAGAACAUCCCAGACAUCGAGGUGAUCUUGGGUGGCGGGCGGAAAUAUAUGUUCCCCAAAAAUGCCAGCGACGUAGAAUAUCCGCACGAGGAGAAGCAUCGGGGAACGCGCCUGGACCGCAGGGACCUCGUCCAGGCGUGGCACGAUGUCAAACCCCCCGGCAAGGUGGCCAAGUACGUGUGGCACCGGCGGGAGCUGCUGGCACUCAACCUCAGCCGUGUCGACUUUCUCCUGGGCCUCUUCGAGCCGGGUGACAUGGUGUACGAGCUCGAUAGGAAUAACGAGACGGAUCCAUCCCUCACCGAGAUGGUGGCCGUGGCCAUCAGGAUGCUCCAGAAAAAUCCACGGGGGUUCUUCCUCCUGGUUGAAGGCGGCCGCAUCGACCACGGGCACCACGAGGGGAAGGCGAAGCAGGCGCUCCACGAGGCGGUGGAGCUGGACCGAGCCAUCGGGCUGGCCACUCGCCUCACCUCGUCCCAGGACACGCUCAGCGUCGUCACCGCCGACCACUCGCACGUCUUCACCUUCGGUGGCUACACCCCUCGCGGGAACCCCAUCUUCGGUCUGGCACCGAUGCAGAGCGAUGUGGACCGCAAACCCUUCACAUCCAUCCUCUACGGCAACGGCCCCGGCUAUAAAAUCGUGGCAGGCGAGCGAGAAAACGUCUCCGCUGUGGAUUUUGCUCACGCCAACUACCAGGCUCAAUCAGCCGUGCCGCUGCGCCAGGAGACCCAUGGUGGCGAGGACGUGGCCGUCUUCGCCCGCGGCCCCAUGGCCCAUCUCCUGCACGGAGUCCACGAGCAAAAUUACAUCCCCCACGCCAUGGCUUACGCCGCCUGCAUCGGCUCCAACCGAGCCCACUGCAACGCCGCCGGCCGCCCCGCAGCCGCUGCCUCCGUCCUCCUGCCCUUCCUCACCCUCCUCUUCCUCCUCUGCUAAAGCGCCUCUUGCAAACCACCGAGGGGAGGGGGAAGGGGUAUUUUUAAUUCCUACCCCUCUAUUUUUUUUUUUUUAAUUUUUUUUUUUUUUUGGGUACCAGCGCCCGGGAAAAAAAAGGAGAAAAAAGAAAGACUCAGCGGAGCAAAAGCAGCCGCCGGCGGUUUGGUGCUGGGAGCUGCCUCUGUAAAUACACGGUUCUUCCCCUGUAAUUAGCAGCGGUGCCUGCCCUGGCCCGAACCCACUGUGGGAUUUGGGAUGGGAGCUGGAGCCUCGGCGGAUAAAACCCCUUCUUUGAGCGAGACGCGAUGGGGCUGCGUCCCAAAAUGCCUCCCGGUCUCCCUUGGCUGAGGACUCAUCCUGGCAUCCAACUCGUCACGUGUGUGGGUGUCCAGAAACCACACGAAGAUGGGAAGAAAAUUAACUCGCUGGGUUAAUUUGUCCCAAAAAACUCGGUCUUUUUGCGUCCUGGGUGGUUCGUUUCGCGUGAAAAUCCUUCGGUUUAAGGCAAUUUGCUGCCCAGGGAGAGGGUUGGGGUGGGGGGGACU